CCACAAUCCACAAGCAGCUCCGGCCUCCAGCUGAGACUCUCGAGUUCCGAGUCGUCCGUACGUGUCGUACGUCCCAGCAGCCGGCGCUCGUCGUACGUACUGCGUACGCGCGCAAGCGCUUGGUACGACCGAUUCAGCACGCAUGGCGAUGAAGAAGGGCGGCGGCGCGGCGGGGCUGAAGCAGAUCCUGAGGCGGUGCUCGAGCCUGGGGCGUCGUCAGCAGCACGGCGCGGGGUACGAGGAGGAGGAGGACGAGGCGGCGGCGACGGGGCUGCCGUCCGACGUGCCGCGCGGCCACUUCGCGGUGUACGUGGGCGAGCGGCGCCGCCGCUUCGUGGUGCCCAUCGCGCUGCUGGACCGCCCCGAGUUCCGCUCCCUGCUGCGCCGCGCCGAGGAGGAGUUCGGGUUCGGCGCCGGCGGCAUCCUCGUCCUCCCCUGCGAGGAGGUCGCCUUCCGCUCCCUCACCUCCGCGCUUGCCUGCGCCCGGUGAAGGGGUGCGGGUUGCCUGCCACGCCGCGUCGCCGCCGCUAUAUUCGUUCGAUUCAUUGGUAUCUCGGCGAGCUUACUCACCUACACUAGCUACUAGCUCGGCGAGAGCUCCAGCGGUUACGUUGAUGAUGGCGUGUGUCGUACGUGUGUAAAUAUAGAUUACUCGUAUUAGAGAAAAGCGCUAAGCUAAGAACAGGCCGGUGGCGCGGCCGGCCGGCUGCUGCGCAUGCGCGGAGGAUUGUGCCAGCGCGCCCCCGGCCCGGCCGGCAUUGGAGACGGCCGACCGAAGAUUCGAAGGAUGAAGCACAAGGACAUCGACGGAUCAGAUGCAUGGAGCUGAGCGAGAGCGAGAGCUCCAGAUCAGCUUCGCUGCAGUCGGCUACGUACGGCUAUCAUCAUCUAUCUAGCCGUACGUUGCCACGUUGGCCGCUGCUAGCUGCAUUGCAUGCAUGUACGUUGUUUGUGAUGCGUUUCACUUACUGGCCCCCUGCUGGUGCAACAAGUGAACCAUCAUUUUUUCCCUUUUUUUUCGGUACAUGCAAAGAUACUGCUGGCUGACUGUGGCCUGUGGGUACGUAGCCAGAGGCCCAGAGCUAGGUAGCUGGUAUAUGGGCGACCGUACGCACCGACAUCAAGCAUUCAGAUAUGCACACACAGCAUACAAACAAGUGUGUGUUCCGUCCAUCCUUCAAUUCCUUGCAGCUUCGGUUCGUUUUUAUAUAUCCUGAUGAUUCAUCGAU